AUGACCGGUGCCACGGCACGAUGGUUGCCAUUGCCACCGGAAAGUGGGCUCAGAACUUUGAAGUUCUGGUUGCAUGACAGUCUGCCACCAGAGAGAAAAGUGAAGUGGGAGCUGCGUCGGCUCCUGGACGAGUUACGCGAUGCUGCGGCAGACACCAACAAAAUCCUCCGUGAAGAGAGGGCUCAGUGGAAUGUGGUUUUCCAGACGGCUGGUUGCAGUGAUACGGACAUGCUGUUGCCCAGUGCCUAUGCAUAUCGUUACAAACAUAGAGAAGAGCCCCCACUAGAGCUCGUGGACGAGCACCAAGUUGAAACUGCUGGUGCGAUCUGCAUCAUGUUAUGGUACCGCCUCCUGCGCCGACAACCCGCAGGCCAUCCGCGAGCAGACGUUGUGCUCCGCACAUUCCUCGAGACAGCGCUUGAGACUGAUGAUUUGGUUUCAGAUCUGGAGCUGCUUACUCCUUCGGACACCGUGCUGCAGGCAUCAGCACAAUGCCAGCAGCAGCAGGGUGAAGCAGUUUCUGGGGACGUUUGCACGCACGUGCGCCAGAUCUUUGUGACUGCUUUGCAAAUGACAGAAGUUGGGGACGUGGUCUCGAGCUUGUUGCAGGGCAUGUUCUCGCAGAGACGCACGUGCUGUGCAGCCAGUCCGAGCUUUAAAGCACUGAUCGGAAAGAUCACACUGCGAGUUGCCUCCCAUGCCAGCGCUUUAGGCACGAGCAACCCUUUGGAGGGGGACACGGAUGUUCGCGGCAAGAACAAGCGGAGACUGGAUGGAGACCGCAAGUCUGCGCUCAUCGGCAGGGCUUUGACGGACCGGAAGGCGAAGUCCAUUCAUACGCUUGCUGUGGCGAGGGAUGAAGUUGGCGGGGACAAUGCGGAUCGCUGGCUCAUACAAGACGUGUCGGCAUACCGCUGGGCCACUGCAGCAAGUUUCCAAGGGGUGCAAAAUUUGGCUCUGUGCUACGAUGCUUCGAAGGUGGGCCAGCCCAAAGAGGAAACUUUGGUGAUUGCUGCUGCCCAUGUUGACCGCGGCCUGGCGGCGUGGUUCAUGCCACAGGCAGGGCAGGACACACGGAGGCGACCUUUCGAGCAGAUACAUGUCCGAAUCCUUUUUCCUGUGCUGAAGAGCAAUUUGCUUGAUGUGCCAUCUGGCAGCACGAACCGAUUGGAGGAGCGUUUGGCCUCCUGCGUGGAAGGAAGCAUCAACAGGGCACUUUUAGUGGAGCAGCUUGAGGAGGCGAAAAGCCGCAAGAAGGAGCAGAAUGCUGAUGACAUCGAUUUUGAGUUGAUGGCGAACAAGUAUUUUGCGCUUUCUUUGGAUAAGUCGCUGCAGAAGUCCAUUCAGAUUGGGCUCAGCUACUUCAUGCCCUCCAAUCCCCAGCUUUUGCUAAAGCCGGGAGAAACCUUGGCCAUCUUGGACUUGGAUGCCGCAGAGUGCCCGAAAGGCAGCACACCCCGCCGAGCUGUGGCAAAAACAUGCGGCAGCGGCGAAGCUUCCCACCGUGUCUUGGUACCACGUGAGGUGCGUAAUGGCGAGCUCCACCGGCCUGUUUUGCAUCGGGCCCAAGACGAAGGCUCCAUCGGGUGGGUCUGCUCACUUUGGUUGGACAACUGUGUGCAGCUGCGGGGCUCGACCAUUGAGGAUCCAAGUCACCGUUUUCAUGGCAAUGACUUCAAGAAUGCAUUCGUCGCCAGUGGUGUGUGGCUCAAUGUCUGUGAAUGGGGAGUCCUGUACAAUGCAACAACAGCUCCGUAUGAGGGGCAUGGGAAUUUCAGCCUGCUGCAGGAGUGCAAAGAGCAGUACUUCAAGUUGAGAGAUCACACGUGCCCGCUGUUUGCUUUGCUGUACGAGCCCAUAUGCGACGAGUUGCGUUUGCCGCUUCUGGAGCGUGGGACGGAAGACCACAUGCGACGAGUUUUCCAUCAGAUCCAAGGCUGUGCAAUCUUCCACCGUAAGGGCGACAGAGUCAAGAUGGGAAGGUGGGCGAGCUGGUUUCGAGCUGCAAAGUUUUGGCGCGGUCAAAAGAUGCCUGCGCUUCUGGUGCUGCUUUUUGCUGGCAUUCAGCGCAAGUGGUGGGACUCCUUGUCGGGUCUUCCGCUGCUCAAUGUCCGAAGUGAGGAGUUGCAGGACCAUCCCGAGGCAGGAGACGCGACCGCUGCUCCAAGCAAGAAGCAAGCAGUGGAGAAGCAGAGCAUGUCUGCUGAUGUGAAACCGGGUUCAAAAGCAGUCAGCUCAGAGGCAGCCUCUUCGUCGUCUUCCAGCCGCCAAGUGCCGGACUCAGGGCCUCCGGCGCCGGAUGCAGCAGUUCCGCCAGUGGCAGGCUUGGAAAAGAAGUCCGUGAAACAGUCCAACGUGGAGCUGAAGAAGCUCAGAAGCGAAGCAAAGCACGGCUUGCAUUUUUGUGCCAACGUGCUUGCCAACACGUUUGGGUGUUGCCUGACAGAGCAAACCGUGUCAAUUUGCGAGCCUCUCUGCGAGUUCGUGGACCGCAUGCGAACGGUGUGUACAAGUGUUCGGGGUUCGGAGCAGUGGCACAUCGACUUAGUCAAUGGGUCGCUGGAUACUGCCAUACAACGAACAUGGCGCCUCCUGACAGAGAGUGAGAUGUUGGAACAGGCUGGCUACUGCAGUCGUGAGAGCCACGAAUGGCGCACUGCAGCCGAGCUUGAGCAGGACAACAGACUGGCGGCUGCGCUGUUUGACACUUUCUCCAAUGUGGCCACUCAGUUCACUCUGUCAGGUAUGACAUGGACGCACAGGUAUCCAGGGCGGUUCGUCUCACUGCUGGACCCGAACCCCAAGCAGCAGAAGGCCAACAUGCUCCACGUCAAGAAGGAUUUUGAGCUCUUUUUGAAGCUCCAAGAGCUUGCGCAACACUCUCCGCUUGCGAAAAGCUUCAUGGCGGAUCUGCAGUGGCCUUUGCAGACGUUCGUAGUUGAAGUCUUUUACAUGCUUUUCGAGAUAGGCUUUUCGGAAUUGACAGAUGAGUUGCGGCAGUUGCUCGUGGGAUUCUCACGGUCCUGGCUUGCGUCCAUCAUUGACGAGGAGGCCUUCAACUGCCUGCGCAACAACUCCUCGAAUCAAGCUGCAGGCUUCAUGAGUCGUCCGGCUCGCUGGGGGAAUUUGUGCAGGUCGCCACUGCUCUCCCAACAUGGUAGGAGGACGGUGGAAGUCACAGCAACAGCGAGAGCUCAAGGGAAAGGAACUAUUCCUAAGACUGCUUUCGUUGCUACAAAUGCCGGCGAGUUCGAUUUAGGAAGCGAUGCCCUUGAGACCAUGAGCUCUCCGAAUUGGCCACACCCCAGCCCUGCAGGCCACAAGUUGGUCGGUGCUGCCUGGGCGGCUUGGCAGGCCGCUAAGGGUGACCUUCAAGUUUUGUCACGAAGCUGGCAGAGCUUGCUUGCCACUCCAGGCUGUAUGCUGGCAGACCGUGGGGGGCAGUUGCUGGGUGUGGUGCUGGGCUGUAACCCAUGGUGUUUGUUCUACAUGCCCACCAAGAGCCGGCGCUUACCGAAUGGGCACCUGAUCAUACGUCCCGACCCGAACGGUGUCCUCCAGACUCUUUGCAUUCAGGAUGCCAACAAGUGGAGUGCCAUGAAAGCCAGCAUAGCCUCACCUGUUCAAGUGGCCAAGUGGGCUGAUGCCGGAGACACCUGCCCUGGAAUUGCUUGGAAGGCGGAACCCGGCGGCACCCUUUUCCGCAGAGCUGCUCGUGAUGGCUUCUGCAUGAUGACGAAGGUCUUCCUGGACAAGUUGGUUUGUCUUCUAGGCCUGACUUUCCCGAAAGGCAAGAAGCCCAAGACGGUCAACGACAUUGUCAAGGCUCUGGUGAAGCACAUCAUCCCCGGCUGCACCGAGGAAGUCAUCUCCGAUGCUUUGGCACGCCGUGGAAGCAAAGGAGACAACACCGAUCUCGCCGAACACUGCAUUCUGAACGUGGGUGAGAACGCCGCUGCGCUGGAGCACUGCAUGGACGAUGACGACCAUGAAAUUCUGACCAAAGCCGUCGCCAGCGUGCGCAAGAAGCAGGCUCACUCCGAAAGCGAUGCUGCUGCUGCUGGGCGGCCACGGCAGUGGGUGAGGAAAGCAGUGGACAAGCACAAGGAAUACACCCUUGAAGAUGCCCGCUCAUUCCUUCCCAAGAUUGACGGCUGCACUUUGCAGCUAGACGAGACACGUUUUACAAGGUGGUGUGGCCUGUACCCCCGGCUUACGCCCCCAAGAUACUGCACGAAGAGCUGGGGUCCUCGCACAGGGCUCUCAAACAAGCAGGCGCUUUUCCAUGUGCUUCAGCAAUUGUGGACAUGGCACGAAGAGGAGCAGAGGGGGUCGUGCCCCUGGGACUUCUCAGAAUUGCUGUGA